GCAGUGAAGAUCAACAAACGCAGACCGUUUGCAGCCAAAACCUUGACGUGGAGCCAACAAAUCCCAGCAAAGUGAGGGCAUAAGCUCCUGAAGAAUAAAUGUGUGAAUGAAUGAGCCAUGCAGAAGAACAGCAGUAUGCAAGCACUGGGGCCGGGCGUGUGCGGGUUGGCACUGGAGGACAGCAUGGGGCUGGAUAACCGCACAGGUGGUUCACUGGGGAAUCUCACUCUCCGCUGCUGGCUGCAUCUUUUGACAAGGGAGUCCAGCUCAGAGCUUCAUGGGGACGGCUCAAACAUGGUAGUACGUGUGACAAUUGCAUUGGUGUACUCAGUAGUGUGUGCACUGGGGCUUGUGGGAAACCUGCUGGCACUUUAUCUGCUGCAUUCACGCCACCGGCAAAAGCAGUCCUCCAUCAACUGCUUCGUCAUGGGCUUGGCUCUCACCGACCUGCAGUUUGUGCUCACCCUGCCCUUCUGGGCUGUGGAUACAGCCCUUGACUUCCGCUGGCCCUUCGGCAAAGUGAUGUGCAAGAUCAUCAGUUCUGUCACCACCAUGAACAUGUAUGCAAGUGUCUUUUUUCUGACAGCCAUGAGUGUCGCUCGUUACUACUCUGUUGCCUCCUCUCUCAAGAUGCACAGUCGUAGUGCAGCAGCGGCCGGUGCGAAGUGGGCGAGCCUGGGCAUCUGGUUUGUGUCGCUGAUGGCCACUCUGCCUCACGCCGUCUAUUCUACCAGUGCACAGGUCUCAGAUGAGGAGCUGUGUCUGGUACGUUUCCCGGACUCUGGCAGCUGGGACCCGCAGCUGCUGCUGGGCCUGUACCAGACUCAGAAAGUCCUGCUGGGCUUCGUCAUUCCCCUGGUGAUAAUCUCAGUGUGCUACCUGCUGCUGUUGCGCUUCAUUCUGAGCCGGCGAGUGAGUGGGGCAGUGGGUUCUGAGGCCGAACUGGGUCGUCACAAGCGCCGCUCCAAAGUCACCAAGUCCGUCAUCAUCGUGGUGUUGUCCUUCUUUCUGUGCUGGCUGCCAAAUCAGGCCCUCACUCUCUGGGGGGUACUUAUCAAAUUUGACCUGGUGCCCUUCAGUAAGGCCUUCUACAAUGCCCAAGCCUAUGCUUUCCCGCUUACUGUCUGCCUGGCCCACACCAACAGCUGCCUCAACCCUGUGCUCUACUGCCUGAUUCGCCGGGAGUUCCGUGCGGGCCUUAAAGAUCUGCUUCUUCGCGCCACACCCUCCUUCCGCAGCCUAGCCAAACUGGUACCUCGAAAGGCAAAAGUGGCUGAGGCGCCCCCUGUAUUGGUGCUGGUGCAGAUGGAUGUCGGGGUAUAACUGGCUGGUUAUUUCGGGGUUUAA